AUUAAUCCUGGUAGUAAAGCAGCCAUGGCAGACCUGUGCCCAGGAGAUGUUAUUCUGGCAAUCAAUGGAGAGAACACUGAGAACAUGACACACUUAGAAGCACAAAACAAGAUCAAAGCGUGUGUGGACCAGCUGCUGCUCUCCGUGAACAGAGCUGAAGGGAAGACCUGGUCACCCCCUGUUCUGGAGGACGGCAAGGCUCAGGCAUACCGGAUCAACAUUGAGCCAGAUCCACAGGACAAUGGCCCAGCCCAGAGCAGGAGGUCACUGCCCCACGGGGCUGGGGGCAGCCCCAUGGACAGCAAGCAGAUGCUGAAUGUGCAGCAUCACCAGCCGACUCGGCUCUACGCGAACAGCAGCUCCGAGUCAGCACUGCCAAGCCAGCUGAGUGGGCUCCACAUCAGUCCUGCCCACAGCAUUGACCCCAUGAAGUCUCUCCCACGGAACAGAAAUGGGAUUGAUGUGGAGUCAGAUGUCUACAAGAUGCUUCAGGAUUAUGAAAAGCCUAUUUCAGAGCCAAAGCAGUCUGGAUCCUUCCGAUACUUACAGGGCAUGUUGGAGGCUGGCGAGAAUGGUGAAAAACUCGACAAACUGAGCAACCCUCGAAACAUCAAGCCCCCAGUGCCAAAGCUUGGUGGUGCCAUGUCUGGGCUGCAGAUGCUCCCCGAGUGCACCCGCUGCGGGAAUGGCAUCGUGGGCACCAUCGUCAAAGCUCGGGACAAGCUCUACCACCCCGAGUGCUUCAUGUGUGACGACUGUGGCCUCAACCUGAAGCAGAGAGGGUAUUUCUUCAUUGAGGAGCAGCUGUACUGCGAGACACACGCCAAGGAGAGGGUUAAGCCCCCCGAGGGAUAUGACGUGGUGGCUGUUUAUCCAAACGCCAAAGUUGAACUUGUCUAA